UCAUCCGGAUUCAAACUAAUAUAAUGUCACAAAAUUCUAAACACAUGCCAAGUCGAGGCUUUUGAGCAGUUAUGAAAGGCAACUUUUGCCCCCUCUUUUUUGUGUUGGCCUUCAUCACCCUUUUCCACUCCAUCACCGCGGAUACGGCCGCUGCUAGUCGCCUACACCGAUACCAACGCCUCAAGGACAAGAUCCACAGCUUACCAGGGCAACCCGAUAAUGUGACGUUUAAUCAGUAUUCAGGAUAUGUUACGGUAGAUAAAAAGCAGGGACGAGCUCUUUUCUAUUGGUUGAUCGAGGCCAGUAAUGGCCCUGCAUCAUCAAAGCCUCUUGUGCUCUGGCUCAAUGGUGGGCCAGGGUGCUCUUCAAUUGCUUAUGGGGCAUUUGAGGAAGUGGGACCAUUUAGGGUGGGCCCCAAUGAGAAAACACUCUCAGUUAGUCAAUAUGCAUGGAACAAAGAGGCCAAUAUGCUAUUCAUUGAUUCACCUGCUGGAGUUGGUUUUUCUUAUACAAAUACUUCUUUCGACCAAAUCACUGGCGAUCAAAGAACAGCGAAGGAUGCCUAUGCAUUUCUUGUGAAUUGGCUUCGUAGAUUUCCUCAAUAUAAACACAGACCAUUUUACAUUGCUGGCGAAAGUUAUGCAGGUCAUUAUGUUCCUCAACUAUCUCAAAUCAUAGUCAGACUAAACAAAGGUGUCAAGAAUCCUGAAAUCAAUUUCAAAGGUUUCUUGUUGGGAAACCCAUUACUCGACGAUUACUAUGACAACAUUGGAACCUUUGAGUACUGGUGGAACCAUGGGUUAAUAUCAGACACCACAUAUCAGAUAUUAAACGAAUCAUGUCCAUACGACUCUUUCUUGUUCCCCAGCGGAGAUUGCUACAAAUACUUGCUACGAGCUUAUUCCGAAUUUGGUGACAUCAAUUUUUAUGGGAUUUAUGACCCUCCUUGUCAUGAAUUAGGCACCACUUUACCACUGCCGUGGAUGUAUAGAGGGAGUACGGAUAAUUGCAUAAUAAAGUACACAAAAAAGUAUAUGAAUCGACCUGAUGUACAAAAGGCUCUUCAUGCUAACGUUACUCGGAUACCUUAUUCUUGGAUCACGUGCAGCGACAUAGUAAGGGGAAGUUGGACGGAUUCACCACGGACAAUGCUUCCAAUUUUCAAGGAACUCAUCAAGGCCGGUAUUCGCAUCUGGGUCUUUAGUGGAGACACAGAUGCGGUACUGCCGUUGACGGGUACUCGUUACUCAAUCAGAGCUCUGAAACUGAAAACGUUAAUUGACUGGCAUGCCUGGUAUGAUAAGGGAAAGGUUGGUGGAUGGAGCCAAGUAUACGAAGGGUUGACAUAUUUGACAGUGAAAGGGGCGGGUCAUGAAGUUCCCAUGGACCGCCCGAGGCUGGCUCUUACGGUGUUUGCUCAUUUCUUGAAGAGUAUUACCUUACCCUCUUCUUCUCAUUAAUUAUUGUAUAUCUUAUUAUAUCUCCAUUUACUUUUUUUCGAUUUUGUAUUGCCGAUCGAUCGUGACACAUUUACAUUUACAUCGAAAAACAACAUAUUUGGGUGCAUUAUUCGAAAAACAACAUUUAUAUUUCUAUCGACCUAUUGAUCUAAU